AUGAAGAACUCAGAAGGCUGGGACGGCAAAUUACGAAUGGAACCCAAGGCUGUUAUUACGAACCCGGAGGCGUUGGAGGAUUCGGAUUAUUCCGACCCUGAAGCCCCGCCGGUAGAGGAGAUUGAUGCGGAUGAAGAUCUAUUGGAGGGUGAAGAUUUGAAUGUUGAGGAUAUCGACCUCGUCCAUUGUCGCGUAUCAUCGAUUGCUGCGCUGCACUUAGAACGAUUUAAUAAGCUCCAAAGACUAUGUCUGCGCCAGAACCAAAUAUCUCGCAUCGAUUUCCCGUCCAAUGUCGCGGCUACCUUGACCGAACUGGAUCUCUAUGAUAAUUUGAUCUCCCACGUGAAAGGCCUAGAUGAGUUUCAUGGCUUAACAAGUUUAGACCUGAGCUUUAACAAGAUUAAACAUAUCAAGAAUGUUUCGCACCUUGUUAAGUUGACGGAGCUGUUUUUCGUGCAGAAUAAGAUCUCCACGAUUGAGGGGUUAGAGGGGUUGAAUGAUUUGAAGAACUUGGAGCUUGGAGCUAAUCGGAUUCGGGAAAUUGAAAACCUCGACCAUCUAUCCGCCCUCGAAGAACUCUGGUUAGGAAAGAACAAAAUCACCGAGAUGAAGAACCUAGACAGUUUAUCGAACCUUCGAAUCAUCUCUAUUCAAUCCAAUCGCCUUACACACUUACACGGCCUCUCCGCCCUCCCAAAUCUCGAAGAGCUCUAUCUAUCCCACAAUGCUGUGACAGAUCUCUCAGGUCUGGAAAAGAAUACCACAUUGCGCGUCUUGGACUUCUCCAAUAACCAGGUCUCUCAUCUGGAGCAUCUUUCUACAUUGAAGAAUCUGGAGGAAGUGUGGGGUUCUAAUAAUCAGCUUGCUAGCUUUGAGGAGGUCGAGCGUGAGCUGAAGGAUAAAGAGAAGCUUGAGACGGUUUACUUUGAGGGUAAUCCGUUACAGACUAAGGGGCCGGCGGUUUAUCGAAAUAAGGUCAAGUUGGCGUUACCGCAGAUCUCGAAGAUUGAUGCCACUUAUGUGCGUCUAUAA